ACUGGCUGUGCACACUCCUCUUCCCUCCUCUCUUUCUCGUUCCCUCUUUCGGCUUAUCUCAACUCUGAACCAUUAACCAGAGCAAAGCACCCGCGGGAGGCUGUCUCUCUCUCUUCUCAUUAUCCCUUUUUUUUUUUCUAGGCAGCUGGACAGGCAGCACAUUAAUAGAUUACAUUCAGGACUUCAGAUUGUGAACAGCAACCGCGGAAGGUCCUGGGGAGCCCUCCUUCUCCAAGCGGAAGCACCUGUCCCCCCAGUUUGGCCUCACCUUGACAGGUUUGACCCCCUUCUCUGAGCUUCUCCCAAAAAGCCCCCCCAAAAGAGCCCUCCAUGGACGAAUGGGACCCUCCGCAGUGGAAGAAGGAAGUGGAGAGCCUCAAGUACCAGCUGGCCUACAAGAGGGAGAUGUCCUCCAAGACCAUCCCCGAGCUCCUGAAAUGGAUAGAAGACGGGAUCCCGGAGGACCCUUUUCUGAACCCGGAGCUGAUGAAGAACAACCCCUGGGUGGAGAAGGGCAAGUGCGUCAUCCUCUAGCCCAUCGUCCACGGCUUCCUUCAAAGCAAAUGCAGACACACUGUGUCCCGGGAUUUUGGCUGGCUCCCCGUUAUGCCUCCCAUUGAGAACAUGUAUAAUAAAUCGGUCACUAAAUGG